GAAGAAUAUUAUAUUCUGUAACAGUAGGUGUUGUUCGUUUUAGGCAACAUCUAGUCAGAGCGUUCCGGGAUCACUCUCCACAGGGUCUGGCUCCACACACAAUCCGUCUCUGCUGCACACAAAGAUGGCGUCAAUGACGGAAUCAAUCGAGGAUGACCCAGCUUGUAUGGGAGGGCGUUCGCGCGAUCACAGGCAGAACUCGGUGCCGAGUCUCUCUGACGGCAGAAGCUCUCCCAAGGCUGGCAGGAAGAAGCUGUUUGAUGUUCAGGAGUUGAAGCGGUCCCUGCGACCCAAGUCGAAGACGGACUCGGACGUGAACACUUCGACAAUCGUUAAUACUCACAGUGUACCAGACCUGGUUCACAAUGCUGCAGAGGUAUCACCUGCAAGGGUGAAGCGUCAUUCAGCCACAGACUGUGAUUUUGUUAAUCCUAACCCAGCACCCACUUUAGCAAAAGUGAUAGGCAGUUAUACGGCAGUAAAAGAAGAUGAAAUCACUCUCUCCAAAGGUGAAACUGUUCAGGUGCUUACGACAAGUCCAUACAACAUGUGUCUCGUGUACAGGGCAGCGAGUAGUGCAUCUCCGGCGGCCGAGGGGUGGGUGCCCGCUCACGCACUGGAGUUCAGUGAUAUUGCACCCAGGAUGAAGUGGCACCAAAGUCUAGUCACGCCAUCUCAAACAAAAGAGUUGAGUCCGGUUAAGGAGAAUGGUCGUUCGCAGCAAAGCAAACGUGACUCUUCCCCCAUGUGUCGAGCUAAUGUAAAGUUAUUAAAUCCAGCCUUCCAAAAUGAGGCGCCUGCAGAAGUCGUGGCGCCACUGACAAACGUAACAGUGCAUGUACGUGAAACGGCCACAUUCGAAUGUACGAUAUAUGGCCGACCCAGACCCACGGUCACCUGGAGGUCACCAUGUGAUCAGGUUGUGACAGCCGGUCUGGGAGUGACGGCCAGCUACUCGGCGGAGGGCCUCGCGACGCUAACGAUCAGCAACUGCACAAAGGAGCGCAGCGGCGAGUACACGUGUAUAGCAACGAACGAUCUCGGCUCAACGCACACGUCUGCUGUGCUUAGUGUACUCGAUAAACCCUCUGCACCUGGCACACCAGCAGUAGUAGAACAGAUGGGAACUUCAGUCAAGUUAAAAUGGCAACCAUCAAGAAACACUGGAAACACUCCAAUAACAGCAUACACCGUUGAAUACAAUGAGCAAGGCUCGGGCAUGUGGCAGGCGGCAGUGGCGUUCGCUCCGACGACGAUACAGGUUGUCGACUACCUGACUCCGAACACGGUCUACCAGUUCCGCGUGAGCGCGAACAAUGCGGUCGGCAUCAGCGAGCCGAGUGAGCCGUCGGCGCUCGUCACGAUCCCCGCCGCUGCCGCCGACGGCCAGGACAUGCACCGACCGCGCGUCGAGUGGAAGACCUUCUUCUCAAAGGACCACGUCGAGGUGAACGAGAUUGGCAGGGGUCGAUUCUCCGUCGUGAAGCAAGUCGUGCAGAAGUCGAGCGGCGUGGAGAUGGCGGCCAAGUUCAUCAGCAAGCGGCUGUCGAGCAUCGAGCCGGCGGAGAACGAGUUCACGCUGCUGCAGGGUCUGCAGCACCUGCACCUCGUGCCGGCCGUCGACACGUACGAGACGAGCUGCAGCUACAUCAUCACGCUGAGGAUGGUGCCAGGUGAGCGUUUGCUAGACUGGCUCUGCCAGAAACCUCUGUACGACGAAGUCCAGAUGAAGACGUACGUGAGACACCUGCUGGAAGUUGUGCAGUAUCUGCAUAACUGUCACAUCGCUCAUCUUGACAUCAAGCCCGAGAAUCUGCUGAUCGAUCUUUCGCACACGUCGCCACUGCUCAAGCUCGUCGACUUUGGCGACGCGCGCCACAUCUGCAACAACUACUACGUGCACCCGCUGCUCGGCAGCCCCGAGUUUGCCGCGCCCGAGCUAGUCCUCGGUCAGCCGGUCGGACUGCAGACAGACAUGUGGAGCGUUGGAGUUGUGCUCUAUGUCCUACUCAGUGGAGUAUCACCGUUUCUCGAUGAUUCCGUCGAGGAGACCUGCUCAAAUAUAGCACACAACGACUGGAGCUUUCCAGACCAGUACUUCAAGAAUAUCUCGGACGAGACGAAAGAGAUAGUCAGCAGUCUACUCUGCAUGGACAUGGCGAAGCGUUUAACAGCGCAGAGCUGUCUGGAGAUGGCCUGGUUUACGCGCGCUGCUGCUGGCUGCAGUUCUCCAACCUCUCCCAUCGGUCGACCACUUUCAACCACUCGUCUGCAGGCAUUUGUGGAACGACGAAAACACCAGAAUGACACAAAGCAGAUUAGCCCUGUUCCGGCAUCACACGUUGGAAUCACAAAGUCUAUCACAUUUUGAGAUCUAUGUGAAAGUUGACAGAGGAAGCCUCUACUACGAGCACACUAAUGAGAGAAGCCUGCUUCUUUGACAGAUGUAGGCACGAACCGACAGCGACGUUGAUCCAGUGUGUACGCGGGUUAACUGUAAAUACAAAAGCCGAGAGCCGCUUGUCUGUCAAAAGUCCCCUCCUAUGCUCUUCCUCGCUUGCUUUGCUAGCAACCCAACUCGUUCGAAGCUGAAAUGAGCUUUGGUUGAAAGCUGCAGUCGCCUGGUUCUGGCUGUUUCGGUUGAGUGACAAGGAUGUUUUUUGUUUCUUGUGUUCAUUAUUUAUUUAACUUAUUAACAUGCAGAAAUGUAAUGAGUGUAGCCAGUUCCAGUAGCAAGUGUGGUAGUGAUUAAAAUAGACAGGUUUUAUAGGAAGCAAUAUCUGUUAGGGUGCAAAAUUUGUGUCAAAUUUAACAUUUCAGUAUUGUAAUUAGCUCUAGUGCAGGUAGAAAUGAAACGUCUGUGCAAUAGUGUACUGCAGGCCCUUCUAAAGGGUAAAUUGGGCUAAUUAUGUAACACCAGGCUAGGUGCAUCACUUGAAAGGCGUCAACUGGGAUUCGAACCGAUUAUCAGGGUGACUCUACUACAGUACUAGGUGACACGAUAAAGCUCAUAAGAUGGUAGAAUGCGGCUUUCCUUCACGUCGGCAUGUCAGCUGCAUUUCGCAGUGUGAGGAGAGCUGAAUGCUACCAGUCAUGUUGAAGAUGCGUGACGCGUUUCUAAGAAUCUAUACUGUAUCUCUAAAAACAGCUUCACUUGACUGAAUCGCAGGGGCUGAGUUUGGUGCUCAAAAUCGAAAAACUGCAAAGUGCACGUGCUGCCAUGCUGCAAUCAAUAUUCCAGUCAAUAAGUCUUUUCUUCCGAUAGCUUGUCUACGAAAUACGUGUAUUUUUUAGCAAAUGCUUACUGUAGGAAGGGGGCAUUUGAAUGCCAUGAAGAAUAAGUGUGUUACUCUCUAAAGGUUUAUCGCUGGUAUCGGUUGUGUAGGCUUGAAGUCUGCUUUUUGUAUUUAACGAAUUGUAUUCGUGCGUGCGCAGAUGUGUGAGCAUGCGUGUAUCGAACUUCAACUAAUAGCGUACGUAUUAUAAUGCGGUAGGCCUUGUCCGCCCUCCCUCAGAGCCAUCCACUCGUUGUUACUAUAUUAGUUGACAUGUUAAAUACAAGUGAAGAAUCGGUUCUUGUCAUCUGUACACAGGCAAGUUUGCCAUGAGUUACUCGUUAUCGUGCGCGUUUAAUGCUAGUGUACAUAAGAUUUGAUUUGCCUUUUCGUAAACGGAGAAUGAUGCCGAUUAUUUUUUAAAUGCUUGAUGGCAGUCAGUUCUGAAAUGUAAGUGUAAAUACUUCUGAAUGUCUGUGUGUGUUUGUGUAGACAUGUUUACUUUCCUUUUCGGACAAUAGCCGGGUUCUGGCAUUAUUAUGCUCCAACUACAUGCUUCAACGAAGGUUGGUUGGCCUUUCGGUUGGUUGUGGUCAGUCAGUUUGUAAUCGAAUUGUAGCUUUAUUAGGUUUAUUGCCCUUUUUCAGUACAGAUAACCCCCCACCACCAGAAUAUGUUUGUAUGUUGUGUAAUUAAUAGGUGGCCUUGUUUGGCGCUGUCCAAAAUGCUUACAGUAAUACCUCAGUGGGAUAGUAUACUAAGAGUAAAGAGGAGAGAUGUCUCUAUUCUUCACAUCCGUCAAAAUCUUAUUAUUCAGCUGGUAUGGUGGUAUCUGGGACAUGUUGGGGCAUUUGCAUCGGUCCACUGUUAUAAGCAUGUAAACUAGUGACAUUUUCGCCAAUAUGUGUUGUUUACUUAGUUGGCGAUGUAUGUGGGACAGUGUGACAACCAGCUAUUAAAAAUUCACACGACUAAGUCACUAUAUAGUGUAUUUUUGUGAAACGUGGGUUAUAAAUGUUUACUAACCGGAGUGGUGGAGAAACUGACGUGGUGGAAGGCUGUAGCGAACCUAAAACAGACAGUCCCCCUGGUGGCGAUAAACAUGAACCAAAAUAUAUGCUUUUGUCAUUCAUUAUACGUUCAUAAAAGUGUGAGUGUAAGAAUAUAGUUUUGUAUCGCAUUGCUAGAACCACCACCAACUACGAAAAGUCUCGUGUGUCAGAUUACGACGGUUAUAGUUCUGUGAUUACAAAACCAAAGAAGAUAUCAGUGAAUCCCGUGUGCGUGUUUUAUAUAGAAUGUGCUUCCCAGUGGUCGGGCCGGUGUGGAGCCGGCGCUCAUAUCUACUACACGUGGCUGCCAGCAAGACGUGAGGCUGUGGAAGGUUAGCCUAUAGCAGGACGACCAUCUCGUGGUUGUCGACACUGCAGGCUUACACUAAGAACGCACGAAGGUUGGCGCGAGCUGGAGAACAAUGGCUCGCAUCCGGAACGCACUGAACCACGAUGACCUUAUAUGUGCAGGCACGCUGCAGGCGGCCGAACGCGCAGGCAGGAGGGGGCUUCCGUAGCAUAGCCGUUGCAUUCCCGCUUGCGAGACUCUGAAAUUGCGUGCGCCUAUGUUGGUAGAACCAAGUGAGCAUAUCGUUGGAGGAUUAUUUGCAUAAUAGUGUAAAUGAGGGAUCGGCGGUAGUUGUGUGAGUGGUUGUCUCUUGCAGUUUCAAUUUUAUUCACACAAAACCGUACGAGCAGCCAGCGCGAGCAGAGCUUUAUCGAAGAAACGGAAUUAAGCAUGUGCGUUUUUUAACGAUUAUUUAAUAUGAAGUGGUUGUUUGCGGGUACAAGUUUAAUUAUCUGUAGGAUAAUGGAAGUCCGAAUCACGCGUAGGCGUUGUGUACAGUGUGCGACUUUCCAAAAAUUGCAACGCAAAUUUCAUUUUGAGUUAAUGAAAUUGCUCGCGGCAGAUUUGCUCCGCGUAUUUUAGUUACACAUUUUGUCAGAUUGGCAGAUAUAAAGUAUAAUUUUUGUAAGCUUCUGAGAAAGAGUUUAGUGUGUCCGCAAUUCAUUGUCAUGAUAUUUGUAUAUUCAAAUGCUAUGAUAUAAACAGUGCUAGACUAUUUGCAUCCGCCAACUACGUAUUUUGCUUGCAAACUGUUUGCGGCAUUUGUCGUUAAUAAUCGUGCAGACACUCACCGUACUAGCGUAGGUGUUUAAACUGUAAUAUACUUAUAAAUUACCAAGUUUACUUGUAGUUUUUAUUAUUAUUAUCAUUAUUAUUAUUAAAUAAGUUGUCACAUUUCAGAGAGUAGUGAUUAUGCUCAUUAAAGCUUUAUUCGAAGCUUCGAUUUGUGUGCACGACGUGUGCAUGGUUACUCGGGCCUGUAGCCGGCAUGCAGUAUUUAUUCCUGUACAGGUGUCGAUUGAUUGUUGUUGAAAUAAAAUAGACUUGUAAAUGACGUAAUUAAUCAA